AUAUAACACAAACGGUUCAAAUUGUGACAAGUAUUUAAAAUAUUUCUCGAUUGGUAUGGUUGGCGACCAUGUUCAUUUGUGUAUAGGUGGUGAUUAAUCUAUUUCUGCAAUAAUCAACACUUGAUUUUAAAAAAAUCAUUUGUAUUAAGAUUGAUUCAUGAACAUUUUACAAUCAAUAAUCAUUUAUCUUUAAUGUAAAAUGUAUCAGAAUUCAUGUGGUGCUGCAGUUGCCAGUGGUGGAGGUUGUGUUGAAAGCGACAAGGAUUAUCACAGUUUAAUAUCUAAAGAUAAUACAGUUCCAGUAAUUGAACAUGAUUGCAGUAGUUUUGAUAUCAUAAAAGCUACACAAUAUGGGGCCUUUAACCGAGUAAAAGAACUAUUAGAAAGAGGAUAUGAUGUUAAUCAGAGAGAUUCUGAAAAUGUCACAUUAUUGCAUUGGGCUUCAAUUAAUAAUAGAAAGGAUAUAAUUUCUUUUUUCAUUGAUCAUGGAGCUGAAGUAGAUGCUAUUGGUGGAGAAUUACAAGCAACACCUCUUCAUUGGGCUACUCGACAAGGUCAUUUAGAUGCUGUUGUUAUUCUAAUGAACGCUGGAGCUGAUUCUACUAUUAGAGAUGCAGAAGGAUGCUCUUGUAUACAUUUAGCAGCACAGUUUGGACAUACUGCUCUAGUGGCAUACUUUAUAGCUAGAGGAGUCAGUCCAGAUUUAGUUGAUCGAGUCGGUAUGACACCACUAAUGUGGGCUGUGUGGAAAGUGUGUAGUUUAGAUCCCACCAGAUUAUUAUUAACCUUAGGAGCUUCUGUAAAUAUAAUUGAUCAUCAAGGCAACACAGCACUGCACUGGGCUAUUUUAUCUAGAAAUGCUUCAGCAAUAUCUACAUUAAUAUUACAAGGUCACGCCAGUUUAUACACCCCAAAUAAUAGAGGAGAAACGCCUUUAUCAAUGCUACAAUCACAAGUAGGUAGUAUUUGGGUUAGUCCUAAGGUUUCCGAUGUUAUCAAGGAACAUUCUGAAUCUAAAUCAAAUAAUAUUUUCUAUAGGAUAACACAUGACAAAAGAAUGAGAUGGUGGUGUAUGGUAGGAACCCCUUUUAUGGCUUUCUACAUUGCAGGCGCUAUUUUAGGAACAAACUUAAUAGUAAUAAUAAAAGUUUUUCUUUUAGUAUGUUUGUAUAUAGUAAUACAUUAUGCAGCACAGGUAUUAUAUGAUGACAGAUUGAUGUCUUUGCUACCUCUCAGUAUUUAUAUCUCGACAAAAGCUUGGUUUUAUUUUACGUGGUUAAUAUAUAUUGCACCUGUAACUCCCUUCUUUUUAACUGUCGUUUUCUUAGCGAGUUCAUUGCUGUUAUGGUAUUGUUUUAUCAAAUCUUGGCUAGGUGACGCUGGGGUUGUCAAUACAUCACAACAGUUACAGUUUAGAACUAUAUUGGAAUUAGCAGAAUUAGGUCCUGGAAGUUUCGAACCAUCUUUAUUUUGCUCGGCUUGUCUUGUUAGGAGGCCUUUAAGAUCAAAACAUUGCGGUGUUUGUAAUCAUUGCGUUGCUAGAUUUGACCAUCACUGUCCGUGGGUGGCUAAUUGUAUAGGGGCAAAAAAUCAUAAGCACUUCAUCGGUUUUUUAACCAGCUUAGUAAUUAUGUGUAUGCAGUUGAUGUAUGGAUCUUUUAAAUAUUGGCAAAACACCACAUCUUGUAAAUUUGCAUCUACUGACAGCUUUUGGAAAUCAAUUAUUUUAAUAGGUCAAUGUAAUACCUGGGUGGCAUGGGUAGCUGUCAAUGCUUUGUUCCAUUCGAUAUGGGUUUUUAUGUUAUUAGUAUGUCAAAUAUAUCAGAUUAGUUGCCUUGGCAUGACAACAAAUGAAAGGAUGAAUCGAGGACGAUAUGCACAUUUUAUUUCAAAUGGAGGUCAGAGUCCCUUUUCUAAAGGACCUCUCAUGAAUCUGAUAGAAUUUUUUGAUUGUACAUGUUUUGGUAUUAUAAAACCAGAACAAAUAGAUUGGUUAACCAAAUAUAGUAUCGAAAGGAAAAUUGAGCACCAACCUUUGCUUAAAAAUACCGACAAUUUUCAAUAUGUAUGAACAAAUGUGAUUUUAUUUUAUUCCAAAGAAUCGACUGAGUUUAGAAAACAUAAGUUGCAUAUUAAUUUAGAUUUUGUAUGUCUUAGUCAAGAUCUAACUGAAUGUUGGAAGGAAAGUAAACUAUUUUGACUUUUAAAUUAUGUUUUAUAUUUAUAUUUGUUUUAUAUUUAUUUAUUAAAAAUAAAUACAUUUUUUUGUUUUAAA